AGCUGGGCGGCUCCGUGCGGCGGCGUGGUGGUCAGGGGCUUCCUGAUCAUGGUGGCCGAGGACGUUCUGCGCCAGAAGCUGGAGGAGCCCAAACUGAGUCACAGAGGUCCCAUCAAAGCUGUGAAAAUAAAUCGGAAAAACAGCGUGGAGGGAAGCCUCGGAUCUCCCACAUCGGAUCCGCACAGGAAACGAAAGUUUAAUGGAGACAAAAAAGGAGAAGAUGUUAAGGAGGAUUCCAGCAGAAAGGAGACGUCUUCCCCUCCGCGGUCACACAAUGGUUGUAUGGCGGUUGACCCAGCCGAAUCCUCAGAGAAGGUGAUACAGGAGAAUGUAGUGUCCUGCGCCUCCGAACAUUAUGUGGAUCCUGGUCCUGACUGUGGAGGAGAAAUCCGGAAGCAUGACUCCGCAGAUGAAGACACGCUGCCCGUAUCGUCCUCCAUAUUGGACGAGAACAGCAACUUACUGCAAGAGGAAUCGGAGAGCAAGCAUUGCAGAGACAAGGAAGGGCAAAACGACCCAGCGGAGGAGCAAGCGUUCUUGUCUUGUAGGAUUUCUGCACAGGAAAGUGAUGUCCCACCCGGCCGCUUGGCUGUGACUGACGACCUGCCCGUCCAGAGCGCUGAUGGAAGAAGAAACGACCAUACGGUUCCGUCAGAGGACCCUGUAGAUCAUGCGGAAGAACCCAAAGACUAUGAGAUUGCUGAAGAUAACAAAGACCUUAAGGAAAACAGUCUGGAGGAAGCCGCACACUCCUCUAGAAAUGGAGACCAGAGGAGCAGAGCGGACAAAAAGCCGAAGGAGCAUAAUGAAGUAAAGAAGAAAGAUCGCCACGAGGGUAAAGACAAGAGGGACUCUGAGAAGGACAAAUCGCAGGAGAAAACCACAGACAGAGUAAAGGCGGAAGACCAGGAGCAGAAGAUGGCAGGAAGUGUGAAGAAGGCAAGUUAUGCAAAGGAGCAAAAGGACCGCUCCAAGUCCAAGGAGGACGGACACAAGGACCGCUCCAAGUCCAAGGAAGACGGACACAAGGACCGCUCCAAGGAGGACGGACACAAGGACCGAUCCAAGUCCAAGGAGGACAGACACAAGGACCGCUCCAAGGGGGACGGACACAAGGACCGCUCCAAGGAAGAAAGACACAAGGACCGCUCCAAGGAAGAAAGACACAAGGCCUCUGGGCAGAGCAAACACAAGCACCUGGUAAAGGAGGAAACUCCAGACACCCAUGCACUUCACAAAGAGAAUGGAAAGGACACAAAGGCUGGAGUCCUGAAGAUGACCCUAGUGGAUCUGGACCUGUUUCAGGAAGCCCUGACCGAAGAUAAGAGGCACAAGUUGAAGGACAGCACCAAGGGGAAGUCCCUGGACAAGAAAGCAUCUGGCGAAAAGCAAAAGGAUCAUCACAAAAAGAGUGAUGAUAAAGACACCAAAAGGCAUCACAGCGAGGAAACAAAAGGUAUAAAGAGAGAACUGGAAGAAGUAGUAGUGGAGGCAGAACAGAAGAAAAUAAAGGUGGAUCCCGAGAAAGACGAGAAGGUCCAGGAGAAAGAGAAAUCGAGGAGCAAAGCAAGCAAAAAGAGGAAGAAUGCAGAAGACAAGGAAGGAGAGACCAAAGCCAAGAGGACCAAGGAUGCCAAGCAGAAAGAGGAGGACUCCAAGUGGAAGUGGUGA